UAUAUAUAUAUAUAUAUAUAUAUAUAAAACAACUAGAUGGAGGGAGGAAAAAAGAGCUUUGCUCAAGUGUUUAACGUCGUUUAUUAACAUAUUGAAUAGCAAUAAUGCGUAAUGUAACCUUGAAAUUUUGUUUGAUGACAUUAGUUAGGACCUUAAGGAUAAUAAUAAAAGCCUUGGAUACCUAUGAACUCGUGACACCAUCAUAAAAUGUGAACUGCAGGAUAGGCUACGAUCCUACUGCUUAUCCUGAACGCAUUGUGACGAGGCUGUCAUGUGAGCUUCGCGGUGUAACAGUCUAUAACAUUAGCGCUCGCUAACAAAUAAAACAAACUAAAUAAAAAUGAUACAUUUUCGACUAAAGCAAAGCUACAUUAGAACAUUAAUUUUAAACAAACUUCAUUUAAAGUAUCAACAUGAGAAGAUGACAAAAAGGAUCUAUUUAUUAUCAUCUAUCAAACACUAACCGAAAGCCUUUAUAGUGCCAGCGAUACGAAAAUGUGUCUGUCGCACACUCCGUAUCUCCGUCGACGGGAGAGUAUCUGACGAGUGAUCCAGUGUUUUCUGCUGUACCUUUAAUUCAAUAUGUAGCAUUUGUUCAAUACACGGACGCGCGCAAUUCGAUUCGCUAAAAUCUGUUAUGAACAUUUAUUUGUCAUUUACUAUCGUAGCCUGGCGUCGCCGUAGAUCUGCAUUUAAGCCUGCCAUUGCUAUCUAUGGCUGCCAUAGGUGCUUACUAAGCAAAUGGCUGGAACACCGAGUAACGCCAGACCGCCUGUUAAUGUAAUGCCUGUGACAGUUAACUGAGCAAUAAGCAUUAGCCCUUCAGUGGCCCAGGAUAGGCGAACAAGCUAUGUAUGGACCUAUUAUAUAGCUCGAUUGCGAUAUACGUUCAAAGGUAUCGCAUCAUAAAAACACUAGAAAUUGACUUUCACUUCAGCUAGUCAUUGUUUCAUCAAUGCAAGUAUCAAAAAUUGAGCAGACGAGCUCGAGUGCCUUGUGUAGCGUGGGUAAUCAAUGAAUCUAUAGUGUCUAUUGUUCGUGACACACAGUUGUUAUUAGGCGAAAACUAGGGAGGAGUAUUUACAUUUGUCCUGCUAAGUUUGAAUAGUUGAUAGCAAACGUAAUAGGUUGCCGUAUACUGCCGUGUAAACCAGCUUUGUACGGUUUGUUUAGGUUUCCAUUCGAGUAGAACAAGUAUUACAUACACGCUUCACUACUAGGUUACACAGCUUUUCAAGUUGUGCCAGUUCAGGCACACAAAAUGGAAGGCAAUAUUUAGGUGAUAAUGGAUUUUUGCCCUUUAGGCCAAAUACGUUUGCUCACUUAAAAAUCUAAUGCAACCUAACAAUUUGCAUCGCGGUAUAGCUAGUCCACACAUACUGCGCUACGUGUGCGAUGAAAAACAAAAAAGAUGACUUGUUUUCGCAUUUUUACGUAAAGUUUUUUCUUUUAUGCAUAAAUCAUUACCCUUAUCAUUUCACUGCCAAAUUAGCGGGAACGAAUUAGUGAUUUCUUUCGUGCGCCUGUGGCCAAUUGGCCUGUUGCUUUUUUCCUCGCGUUGACGCUGCGUUUAGGCUUCGAGUACACAAGUAAUGUUGAUCACUCUAAUACGCCAUUUUCCUUCUGCUUUCCCACUGCUUGCUAAAUUCUGUAGCUUAUUCGGGAGUGUUUUCUCUUGUCUUUAUGAAUCCGCUGCACUUUUAUUGAAUAGUAGUCGGUAUUCGGGUGAAAAAAGUGCUUCUAUUUUGAUAUGUGCCUUAUUUCGUCUUUUGCCGUAGAUGAACAGCUGCCAAAGAAAACAGCCCGCGAUAUUUGAGCCGUACGUAGCAAGUACUCUAAGAGAAGAGCUCGAAAAGAUUCUAAGAUGGGUUCCUGAACCUGGAGGGUGUACCCUCGUCCUGACUGGCCAUCCGAGGCCGAUGGAGACCUUGGAUGACGUAAAAACUCGUUAAUUGACUGAGAAAGUCAAAUGCCAACAAUCGACCAUCCAAUGAAAUACUAUCAAAAAUUAGUUCAAGUUUGCUAUAGACUGGAUGAAGCGUACGAGGAAACAUGGUUUUUCAAUGACUUGCAACAUUUCUUUCGGCGCCGAACAACACGUAGCCACAACGUCAGAUUUCUGUACAGAGUCAUUGCGGGUGACGAGACCUCUGGUUUCCACAUCAAUAUGAAUAAGAUGAGCAAAUAGCUAACUCCGGAAGAUACGCUUAAGCCCAGAAUUUAGACAAAUAUUUAUUCCAAAAAGACCAGCAUUUACGUUUCGUUGGACUGGCAAGUUUUCGUACGCUGAGAAAUGCUUGAAAAAUCAAGGUCAGUCAGGAUCUGUUUUCGUAUAUGACUAAGUUGCGUCUUUCGAACAAGACCCCGUAAGCAAUUACCUUUUCCGAUCACCGGCAAAUGGAAUGUUUAACAAUGCAUUUAACAACGAAGAAAGUCCCAAGAACUGGUUCUUUAAUAUCAGGUUUUAAGAUUUCAGGUGAGAAGGAGUCAAUAAAUGUCAAAAUUGCAGGAAAUAAUACCAAAUACAGGAAUAAGUUGAAGCUGCGUACCUUUAACACCCGCGGCGGCGUGCUUCGUCGAUCGAUCGAGACAGCUUUUCCGCUUGGCCUGUCGCACGAGCGGUUGCUGUCUUAGCUGCAGCUGGACGAGGCCGCAGUUGGGUCAAUUUGUGGCUAUCUCAGCCCCGCUGGGGCCCCCGUACGACUGCCGCCGCUACCGCUGGCGUAAUCGCCAGCGCUAGCUGCUCGAGAAAGUGCGGCAGUGAAGUGCGGGGGGCCUCUGCAGUGUGUGGGCGGCCGUAACUUAAGCUGGCAAUUUACGUCCUGGCAGCUGGCGGAAGGCCCGUUGGCCAAUAAUAAAACACCUGUAACGCUGUGCUGCUGCCCGAACUGGCAAUACUUCGCGUAUCCGAGUGAUUUAAAUUAAGAUAAUACUGCGACCGGUCGGCAGGCAGACAGAAGGAAUGAGUCUCUUCACGCUGCUCGAGGCGGCUCGCUACCUCGAAUACAAAAGCGAGGCCAGCGCAAGAGGUGAGGAACCUCAUGACUAUACGACGUUUACACAGCUGUCAGCAGGUGGCACCACUGUCGCGGCGACACCUGCUAAUAACCACGGUAAUAAAAGCAGCACUAACGGUAGCCAUGGAAGCAAUCAGAACAGCAUUAGCAACAAGGAGCUGAGCAGCGGUGCUAGCAACGUGCCAAAUGGCAUCAAUUCAAGUGCUACGACAGCGAACAGUCACACCGCUACCUCUGCCGGUGAUAUUAGUGGUGGAGGCAGUAACAGUUUUAAUAGUGCUAGCAACUGUAACGGUGCGGGCAGUAGCAACAAUCACGUGACUUUGGGAGGAGCCACCCAACACCACCAUCAGCAGCCGCAGCAGCAUCACGCGCCGCAGCACACGAACAGCAACAGCAGCAGUAGCAGCAAUUCACCGCCUUUGCCACUGUCGCUAGGCGCAGCAUUAGCUAGUACUGCUGGUACUGGGCCUGGUUCCCUUGCUUUAUCUUCGACGGGCGUCACGACAUCUACAGGCUACCGCCAGCGUAGCGGCAGUGCCGCGUCACGUCAGCGUACAGAUUCGCUAUCGUCCCAUGACGAUAGCAGCCGCGAUCCGCACAAUAAACAGUCGCGCCGAAGUGGAGGGGCUGGUACACGUGAAGUGCAUAAUAAACUGGAAAAGAAUAGGCGUGCCCAUCUCAAAGAGUGCUUCGAGAGUCUUAAGAAACAGCUACCGAACAUUCAAGACGAUCGGAAAACGAGCAACCUUACCAUUCUACGAUCUGCCCUCAGGUACAUUCAAAACCUAAAAAAGAAGGAAAGGGAUUUCGAGCAGCAGAUGGAGCACUUGGCACGUGAGAAGAUCUCCGCUCAGCAACGGUUAGCCACAUUGCGCAGGGAUGGCAGUUGCGUGCUUCCUCUGUAUGAUAACACAAACCAUAGUCAGUCACUUACUUAUCAUCUGCAUCAUUGUACAACGUCAUCAGCAUUAUCGACAACAGCAACAAGCUCAUCAUCGGCUUUAUCGGCCACUACGACGACGGCCACAGGGGCAACGACGAUAGUCACACCUGCCCACGGCAAUAGUCGUCAUCCUUCAGCAGCAGCAGCAGCAGCAGUAACUAGCGUUGUCGCAUCUAAUGCAACUCAUUUAACGACAAGCUUAGGGAACAGCGACGUUCAACGACGUACGUUAUUGGUAACGACGGGGUCGAAUGAACGCGCAAAUGAGAAGCUUACGGCCAACGAGCUUAAGCGGCGCGGAAGCGUUUCACCUGACAAUGAGACAACUACCACGGCAUCAGAAUGUGGCAACCUAAGUGACUAUGAAGGUGAUGAAUUCGAGUUAACAUCACAGGCGGGAGGCCAGCAGCAGCAGCAGCAGCAGCAGCAGCAGCAGCAGCAGCAGCAGCAGCAACAAGCUCCUCAAACCGCUAAUAAUAACAAUAAUAGUAACAACCAGCAUCCCCGUCAUCACACAGUAUCAACAGCAAUAAAUAGUAUGGUGAAAAGAGAACGAGACCAUCAUCAUCAUCACCAUCACCACCAUCAUCAUACUCACCAGUCACAUCACAAUCAUCAUCAUCACCAUCAUCGCCUGGGAGGUACAAAAACGACAACAACAACAACAACAACAACAAUAACAGCGCCCGCAGAAGCAGUGCCAACUGUAGCAGCAUCUACUGCUCCCACAAAAGCCACUGCAACUGCAACAAUGCCCGCAGGGGCAAAUAGUGGCUUUGCGUCUAUCUGCGCUGAAACUGAUCUACCAACGACGGUGAGAAUGUCGUUGCCCUCUACAACAACGACAACAACAACAACAGUGGGCAGCGUUACGAUAAGUCCAAUACAAGAUAGCACGGGCAACAAUAAUAACAACAAGAAACAGGACGACAGAAGCAACGGCACCCAUACGAGCGAUGUUACUGUCUUCAACAACAUCAACAACAACAUCCCUAUUAAAGGCAGACUAAGCCACACUUCUACGAAAGAGAUCAAGUCUGCUGAGGAUUGCGUUACGGUAGACACCAAAGAGGAGUGCAAACCAAUUACGAUAUCGGUAACUUCAGGAAGUGGGGCUUCAGUGAUUGCAACAGGGCCAGCUGUUAAUCCCAUUUAUCAACAGGCGACUGCUGGGCUACAUAAAAUUGCUCGGCAUGAAAUCAAAGAAGAGCCUGUUGACAGGAAGGUCUCAAUUGUUGGGACCAACGGUGGGUCUCAGCUAAGCAAUAGCCUUGGGGCUGCAGGCGCGAAUCAAGCCAUUGCUUUUGUGACGACCUCGACAGGAGCAACCACGAAGACACUGGCAGGUAAUUUGGAGGCGCCAGCCGAUAGUGGCCAGCACCUUGAGCUGUCUCCGACAACGGCGACAAUGGCCAUGGAGCCACCACGGGCCAUCUUCACACCCGGCAACCAGAAAACCGUUUUGCCAACGUAUCUGCCGAACACGGGCAAUCUGGCUACACUUCUUCAUGCUGCAAACACUGUGUCCUACAUAAAAGCGUCCACCGUCAACAGCAAUGCUGGCGCAGCCGGUAGUCCACAUGGCGAGCUAACCGUGACGGUGUCGUCUGCUCCCAUGGCGUCGGUAUCUGCAGGAGGGUCCAUGGUGGCUUCCGUAGUUCCGCCCACGAUGGUGCCCUCAAUAGGCUCAUCAAUGGUGCCUUCGAUGGGUCAAAUUCCACUAAUGUGCAAGCCCGGAAGUGUGGUGCGACUCGCAGCCAGUGGACAUCUCGUUCAGCCACUGACACUCGUACAGCAAAUCCCGACAGCGACGACCGCCAACGGCGUGAAUGGAGGAGGGGGAGGUCUGAACGGAGUGGCAGGUAAGGCUGGCACAGCAGGAUCGUCUCAAGCCGCUGCUACGAUAGCUCAGGCCGGUGGCCACCCCCAUAGUACUCAACCAGCGGCGGCCGCUCAGCUCUUCCUAGCGCAAACUGGACCAGCUUCAGGAGGCGCAUAUAAAACCAGCGGAGCAGGCGUCGCUACCCCUGGUAAUGGUCAACCAGUUACAUCCAUGGCAACGGUGAUCACGCAGGCUGCACCACCUCAACCAGCCCAUCACCAUGGUACGCAGAUUGUUGCAGGUGUUGCGCCGCUCGGUAAAGUCCAACUUGGCGGUGCAACAGCAACACUUUCUAUCAAGCCGGUGUCGCAGUUCCCUCUGAUAUCUGGACAGCAGUUCAUCACGACAUCGUCGCAAUCUCUGAAGCCUGUUGUAGUUGUUUCCGUUCCACAAACAUCGACUCAAUAAACGUCGUUAGUCAUUAAGGAUAAAUGGGAGACAUUUAAAUUACACAAGGACAUAAACAGUUGCAAAAAGGUAGUGCUGGGAUAAUUGUUUCCUGAAUACGGAUGAAUCAGUUUACAGCAAAUGCGCAGACGGGAACUCAGCUGGCCGAGAAGAUGCAAAAGUACUCGUCAUGCUGAUGUACUUGAUUAGUUGGCGAAGCAUCCAGCUAGCUAACUACGGUGGGUAGAAUAUGGGUUUUGAUUGGCGGUAUGACUGGUCCCAGUGUGAGGACGAGGUGACAUCACGCAUACCGUUGUUGGUAAUGGUACAAAUUCUGCAGUUACUAAUGAUGGAGUGCUUCGUUUUGUCUGCGUGAUCUUACCCAAAGGAUAACAUCACUAAAUCGGGAUCCGGACACAUUUUAGCGAGUGGGCAUAAUACUAACGCUAAAGGUGCUCCUUCACAAUGACUGCAGUAGCAACAGCAGCGGCAGUGGUAGUAAAGCAGCGGGACAUCAGCCGUAUUAUCAAAUGUCAAACGUAUUGAGUAAAUUGAGCUAUACUCGAUCCUAGGAUUCUGUCUACGAUCGACUAGAGCCGGAUUCGGUAUAAGUCAAAAUGCACGAGUUAACGUCCAGUCAGUUACACACAGUAUUCACAGACACUCACAAAAGGCUGUGAUUAUGAAGCAGAUAUUGAAAGUUAGCCCAUCUUACUUAACGAACGAAUGGAGAAGUAGGCUGCCGGCCAUAUUGUACCGCUAUGAAAUGCGUUCAAUCGUCCGUGCUAGUGCGUUUACACUGUCGCAUAUGUAAGCUUAUCUUACUGACAUUAUGAAUAUACACAGAGAAGAGACAGUGUAGAUUGUUGUAACAGUAGUGUGUUUCUCAGCAAGGUUAGCUAUAAAAGUCUGGUACAAGCAAAACUCGAAACUCAAAUCUCAUAAAAGCCAAUGAUGAUAAACGAAAUGAUUUUGUGAGGAACGUUAGCAGAGCAAACGUCCAUAUCUAGUCAGCGCCGACGAAUGGACGGGGUUACCUCAAUACCCUGGCUAAAGCAAUAGACGAAACUACAAGAACAAUUUAAGGUAGGGCUUAUCCAGAUUUGAGGGUUAUACUUGUUGAAUAUAUGAGCAAAGUGUGCAAACUUAGCUGGCCUGAAAUGAAAUCGUCAUUUGUCAGAUCGAGUUGCAGUCAGGUCACAACAGAAUCAAUCUCUCCGGGAGUUGGUCGCGUGACGAGAUUACACUCCGUUAAAAAGGCAAAGAAAUCUAGGCGUUACAUGAUCACGACUAAAGGGAGGCGAUGCACCGGUGGAAUUUACCGAACGGAAUUUCUUCAUGCGCGAUUUCCUCGCUGCUAUCGUCGUGUCACUAUAUAUAUAUAUAUAUAUAUAUAAGUCUAAGUGACAUAAUUGGAAAACAUGUGCAUAAAUGUAAUCGAGAGAACUAGGCGUGGAUUACGUACUAUAUAUACAAUGAAGAACACUAACCAACAAACGAACGUUGCUAACCACCUUCAUCUUUUGUGUUAAUUGUUUACUUCCUGUCUCUCUAA